UUUACAGCUAUUUAGAACUCAAAGUUCCUUUAGUGUUUUCCAAAUAAUAUUUUUUUGCACAAUGAAAUUUCUAGGAUUUCUCUUAAUAUGUUUAGCUGUAAAUCACAUUCAAGGAUUUGCUGAUCGCAGAUGUGGCGCACAGUUGACACAGAUUAUGUGGGCUAUUUGCGAGAAUGGAUUUAAUACAAUGCCAAUGUCUAAGAGAAGUGUUCAAUCUCAUCAGCUUCUCUCGGAUAUCGAAGAUAAUUUACCUUAUCCUUAUGCUGCAAAUUCACUUUCGAAUAUUUUCCAAUUGGAGAAGGAAAAUUUGAUAGGAAAAAAUCGUCGUACUAGAAUGUUGGGUAUUGUGGAUGAAUGUUGCAAGAAAUCUUGCAGUUAUAAUGAAUUGGCCGCAUAUUGUUUGCCUUAAAUUGAAUUAAAAAAAAAACAUCGGAAUCGUAAUAUACAAAAUGAUCUUAAUUUGAAUUAAAUUGUAAAUAAUUUUAAACAGAGUAUAGCAACA